UUUGAAGUGUUCUUAGACUUUAUAGUCAAUUAAAGUUUAGCGAAGUAUGGUGGUUAGAAUUUUGCAGAGAAUAUCUUCAGGUUUGGUGGAGAGAGUCAAGGGAUUUGAUAUGUACGGAAAAGGCAUAACAUUUACGUACAAAGGAGAGGAUGAAUUCAAAACUCUCAUCGGAGGGUUAGUUUCCUUAUCAGUCAAGAUUGUCUUAGCCCUAUAUACUUUCUUGAUGAUCAGGAUUAUGAUAGGUAAGAUUUCAGGGUUGGAAUUAAAAUUUGAUAUGUUUGAUGGUUUAGAGAGGAAAGAUACCUCAAAAAGUGUCAAUACUAUAGUUCAAGGUAAGUUUGGCAGCUUUUGAAUGAGCCUGACUCUUUAGACCUCCUUAAUGAUGAUGACCCAAUAGAACUUAAGUAAAGUGUACGGAAAUUAAUGUUUUUAGAGGAACUAACUUUUCAUUUGCUUUUGCAAUUUCAUCUGAAGACCCAACAUUUGAUCCCUAUAGCUCUCCUGAUUAUUUCAUAAUUUCACUCAUAAAAUCUGAGGUUAAGCCUGGCUUUGACGAACCUAUCUUAACCGAUGUAACUUACUCAAGAUGCAACGACAGAUUCAAUUACAAAAACCAGACUGAAGUCAAGAGGUUAUAGGCAUCGACGGCAUCAUGUGUCCUGAUAGCGACGACUUCUCAGUAAUAGGAAAUAGUAUUUCAGAUAGUUAUUCAACCUUCGAGUUAUCAAUAUCAACUUGUAUCACAGGCUGUCCAGCCGAUCUUGCUGAAAAAACGAAAGGGCUUCUUGUGAGCAUUGCUGUUGCCAACACUUAUUUUGAUUUUGAAGAUUAUGAAGAUCCUGUAAAGACCUUCAUCGACGAUAGGUUCACUUAUUAUAUCAUCCCAGAUUUUAAAAAGACUAUUAACGCAUACAUUCAGAAAAAUGAAGCUGAAGUUCAGGAUGGAUUCUUUACUUACACUCCCGAUGGGGAAGAGAUAGAGUUUGUGGGUGUUGAUACAGUUACUCAAGAUAUCUCUUCGCUUGGAAUAGAUGAGCAAAUUUUUGCUAUGAAAUUUGCAAAAGAUUCUCGUAUGAAAUCGUACGAGAGAUCUGUGUUCAGCUUUAUGGAAGCAACAGGAAAUAUGGGUGGACUUUUUGAAAUCAUGGAGAUUGCAGGUGGAAUUUUUGUAGGAUUAUUCUCAGGUCAGAUGUUCUUUUACUCAAUUCUACCAAAGCUUUAUCAUACAGAAGAUCCUACUGUCAAUGAAGGCAAGAUCUCUUCAUUUAAAAGUUUAGAUAAUGGCAUUUCAGAUCUCGCCUUUGCAGAAAACAGUAAUUCUCAAGCUUUUGAUGGUGAUUUUCAAUCAAAAGAGGAUCAGGCUAACGAAAAUGCCACACAAAGAAAAAUAGAUGAUCUUCAUCCUGAUGAGAAAAGAAGUUAUAUGAUAACCACCGCGAUUAACAAAAUGAGGAAAAGGGUAAAAUACGACUGGAAGAUCUGGGAUUAUAUCUUCAACCUGUUCAGAUGUUUCUCCUUUGCGUUUUAUUGCUGCUGUAAAGACAAGAGAUCUCUGAAUCUCAGAAAUAGGCUCAAAUUGUAUGAUAAUGGGGAAGAGAAGUUCAACAAAGAACUUGAUGUUGUAUCUUUCAUAAGGACUUACAGAGACUUAUCAACAUUAGUGACUUCGAUGGUUGAUGAAAAUGAGAAGUUUAUGAUUACCUACCAAAAAUCUAACUCUAUAUCCUUCCAAAGAGAUACUUCUGAAAGUUCAAACGAUGAAAACUAUGAGGCUGUACCAAAACUAUUCUCAAGAAGAAGGCAGAAAGAACUUCACAGAGAUAAGGUUGACAACUUUAUGAAAAUAUACUCUCAAGAAAGAUGGAGUGGCAGAGAUUACAGACUUCUUCAUGGAGUCUUCAGCAAAUCAACUUUGCCGAGAAAGCAAAUUAACGCACUAAAGAACAGAAGAAGCAGUCCAAAUAUUUAUGGAGAUAAUGAUGGAAGGAUUGGCUUAAAUCAAAUCAAUGUCGAGAUGAUUAAAGAUAAUCAAAAUCCACCAUUAAAAUCGAAUAGAUAUGAAGAAAAGAAGCAUAGUGAUCCAUCAAUAAGUGAAGAAGAACCUUCAUCAGAAAGAAAUUAAAGUCUCAAAAUAAGGUUGAAAUUCUUGAAGCUAUUGUCACAAAAUUUGAGAAAUUUCCUCUCAUUUUCAAUC